AUGUGGGCUCAUGUGGGCUUAUAUGAGCUUAUAUGGCUUUAUCUGGGCUUCCCCCGGGCCCCCGAGCUGCGCUGGGAACUGCCGAACCUGCCACGGCCCUUUCACAGCUCUGGCAAGAGCAUCCCCACCCCGCUGGGGCAUCCCCCGCAGCCCGCACCGUCCCGCGGGGGCGAUGGCAAGCGCCUGGUUCCCCGCUCCUUUGCUGAGCAGGAAGGAUUCCCGGACAUCUCCCCCCGCGAUGUCUUCAUCGCCGUCAAAACCACCAAGAAGUUUCACAAGGCGCGGCUAGAGCUGCUGCUCGACACCUGGAUCUCCCGCAACCGCGACAUGACCUUCAUCUUCACUGACGGGGAGGAUGAGGAGCUGAAGAAGCAAGCACGAAACGUCAUCAACACCAACUGCUCGGCUGCCCACAGCCGCCAGGCCCUGUCCUGCAAGAUGGCCGUGGAGUACGACAAGUUCAUCGAGUCUGGCAGAAAGUGGUUCUGCCACGUGGACGAUGACAACUACGUGAACGUGCGGAUGCUGGUGAAGCUGCUCUCCAGCUACCCCCACACGCAGGACAUCUACAUCGGGAAGCCCAGCCUGGACCGGCCCAUCCAGGCUACGGAGAGGAUCAGCGAGAACAAGAUGCAUCCUGUGCAUUUCUGGUUUGCCACGGGCGGAGCAGGGUUCUGUAUCAGCCGGGGGCUGGCACUGAAGAUGAGCCCUUGGGCCAGUGGGGGUCACUUCAUGAGCACUGCAGAGAAGAUCCGCCUGCCCGACGACUGCACCAUCGGCUACAUCAUCGAGUCCGUGCUGGGCGUGAAGCUCAUCCGGAGCAACCUCUUCCACUCCCACCUGGAGAACCUCCACCAGGUGCCCAAGUCGGAGAUCCACAAACAGGUGACACUGAGCUACGGCAUGUUCGAAAACAAGCGCAACUCCAUCCACAUGAAGGGAGCCUUCUCUGUCGAGGAGGACCCAUCCAGGUUCCGCUCCGUGCACUGCCUGCUGUACCCCGACACGCCGUGGUGCCCCACCAACAUGGUUUACUAGGAGGAGCGCGUGCCCUCCAACCUCGUCCCGAGUUUCCCCGGUAUCCGACGGGCGUGCGGGACCUGCGUGCGGGUGUGUCGGUCCGGCCUCGCCGCGAGGCGGACGGACGGACGGACGUCGUUGCUGUGGUAUUGCACAGUGUGUGUGUACUGAAGGCUGCUGUGCGGCCCCUUGACCCCUGCCCUGCCUGCCCGGCUGCCCGUGCCCUCUGCCUGGUCUGGCCGGGAUGGUGGAGAGGGACGGGAACUGAGCACUUAACCACUGGGUGUCCCACGGCUGGCGGGCCCCACGCCA